AUGAAGACGACUGCACUGCACGCAAAACGCUCCUUCGCCGCGAAGCACGUUCCCCCCGUGCACCCACACCCGUACUCCCGCCCGGUCCCCGACUCCCCAGCCGCCUACGACGCCUCGGAGGAGGACAACGACCCCCUCACCGACGACGCCGGCUCCACCACCGACGCACCCUCUUCUGGGCCCUCUGCGUCCUCCACGCGCCUCCCCGCCCGCAUGCCCGCCCCCGCCGCGCCCCGCCGCCCGAAACACGCGCUCGCAGCGCUCGUUUCCGACGACGACGCCGGCACGGACUCGCCCACGUACGACGGCGACAUCGAGAGCAGCACCACAGCGGGCCCCGACCACGACCACACGCAGGACACUCCCGCGCCGAGCAUGAUCCCCCUCCCAGCCCCGCCCGAGCCGUCUCCAGCCGCCGUCUCCGUAUACGCAUUCGACCCCGCAAAGCUCACUCCGCAGGACAUCCAGGACUACGCCAGACGGGCGAUCGCGCGCGAAGGGGAGGAGGGCCAGGUACGGCCGUACUUGAUCAAUCGCCCGCCCAUCGAUAGGCCUGUGCGCAUAUAUGCGGAUGGCGUGUAUGAUCUGUUCCACCUCGGGCAUGCGCUCCAGCUCCGUCAAGCGAAGCUCUCGUUCUCGUCCCCGUCGUCCCCAAAUGCGCCAAGCGAUCCGUUGUCGGAAUCGGGUUCUGGCGUCUACCUCCUUGUCGGUGUGAAUUCGGAUGAGCAAUGUGAAGAGCACAAAAAUAUACCAGUCAUGAACCACGCUGAACGGUGUGAAGCAGUACGGCACUGUCGAUGGGUCGACCAAGUCAUCCCGGACGCGCCAUGGGUCAUCGACGAGGCUUUCAUAUCAAAGCACAAAAUCGACUAUGUCGCGCACGACGAAGAUCUGUACCCCAGCGCAGGGCAGGAGGACGUGUAUGCGUACGCGAAGAGCCAGGGCAAGUUCCUGCCGACGCGACGCACGCCGGGAAUCUCGACGUCGGAGCUGCUCGAGCGCAUCGUGUCGCGCUACCGGAUGCGCGACUUCGACAAGAAGCUGGCGCGCAUGGGCCAUUCGGAGCUCGUCGCCGAGGGCAGCGAUUGGGACGGGAGCAAGGAGAUUAGCAGGUCGCCGAGCGUCGAGUAG